AUGAAGAAAUUCAAAGAAAGCUUACACAUUUUCUCACCGAAAAAUAAAAGUGAUGAUAAGGUAAGCGAAAGCACAAAAAAAGCGAUCUAUGAACUUGGAAAUGAAAUAGAAGAUAAUUUUGACGAAGAUGUAGAGAACAUAAAAUUCAAUGCAGAUGACAUAUCAUCCUUUUUUGUGAAAAACAACGAAUUAGAAAAUGAAAAGGAAGUAUCAGAAGAUUCUAAUAACAGAACCCAUCAAGUAGGUAAUAUGGAGAGAAAAGCAGAAUACGAAAAAAUGGAAAUUCUGUUCGAUCCAAUUACAUGUGGACCAUACAUAUGUUGCAUGGUGAUUUUAUCAAAAAAGGAAAAUGUAGAAAUUGAAUUUAUUCACCCCAAUAUAUUCGAUUUUCAUGAAAAGGAGUACUUAAGCCAAAGGGGAAAAAAAAAAAAAAAAGUGAAAAUGAUAACACCAUUUAAUGUGUGGAAUCGAUAUAAAGGGGAUUGGGUAGGGGAUGUGAAAUUAUUGAUCUUAGAAAGAAUGUAUUUAUUUAAAGAAACCACUACGAGAAAUAUUCUUUGCGACUUUUAUAAUUAUAAAUCAUGCAAAAAUUAUCAUGAAUAUAAUAUUCUUUACUCUGUUAGUGGCAAUAGGUAUUACAUGAUAUCAUUCAAUUAUUUGCAAGACAACAGAUAUAAGGAAAUCAUUAUUAUUUCUCAGAUCCCACAUUUUGAUUUCAUAUAUGCAAAAUUUUUCCCAGUUAUGCAAUCCUUUGUCGGAAUGGAUAAGAAUGAGAACAUAUAUGAAGAGACAAAUAUGAGAAAAAAUUCAGAAGGUAAUAUACAAAAUAAAGGGGAAACAAAAAACAACUAUGAGAAAUUAGUAAUUUUCUUCGAUAAUUUGAUAAGAAGCAAAGUAUUUGAAGAAAUGAGAUUCAUGGAUUAUUAUGUCCAUUUAUCUAAAGACAUAGAAAAUAUUAACAACAUAAAAAUGAAAAACAUCUUGAUAUUUUUAAAAGCAGUAUUAUUGGAAAAAAAAAUUGUUAUUGUAUGUUCAAAUAAAGGAAAUGGAUGUAGGAUGUUAUUGUUAUUUUUAUCUUUCAUUCCUGAUAUUAUAAAUUUUGGAUUUAAUGUAAAAAGUUAUCAAGAAAAGUUUGAAGAGUGGACAAAUUUAAGGUUACCUCUAAUUUUAUUUCAUGAAAAAUACGUUCUUCUUCUUCAUAUAAAUAACCUUGAAUUGUUUAACGAAUAUACGUAUGAAAAAAGUUACUUAAUAUCAACUAACACUGAUAGUGAUGUAUAUAAUUAUGUGAAGAACAAACUAGAUCUUUUAUAUGACCUUGAUAAAGAUGAAUUAAUUGUAAAAAGUGAAAAUCUAGUUAAUGCUUUAACUUUAACAAAAUAUGAAAAUAAUUACUUGAAAAGCAUUCAUUCGAUUUUUCAAUCUUUGAUUAAUUUUUCUUCCUUAUUUUUUGAAAUGACUAAGCAAAAUGGUAUCAUAAUAAGUGGGAAUACAGGGACAAAUUCUUCCAAAACUUCAUCUAUUCAUAAUUCCACAGGUAUAGCAAUUUCCAGUGUAUAUCCUAACUGUGAUGAUAAGUUGGAAAAUAAUUCUAACACAAUCGAUGAUGUUAUCCAUUCACAUGUGUGUGCAUAUAAAAAUGGUGAGAAGAGGCACUUAGACAGCGUUGGUUAUGUGACACAUUGUGGUAAGACCAAUUCAUUUUGUAUAAACAAGGAGGUAGAAAUUAAUAUUCUCCAGCAUGAAAAUAAUAAGAGAAAUUUGGGCAUCAAAAAGGAAAAUAUGCUAGAGGAAGAAAUGACAUACGAUGAGAAAAACGUUCGUAACAGGAGUAAUCAGAAUGGUGAGAACAAUAAUUUCUGUCAUGAUGAAGGAGAGAGAAAGUGUCAUUUGGAAAAUGGAAAAUUUGAUUAUCCCAGUGUUGAAGAUACAUACAUAGAUGAUGAAGAUGACAUAUGUAUCAUAGACUCAAAAUCGAUAAACUAUAAUAAAAAAAUGGAACCAUUGGAUUGCAUCGAAAAUAAUGAAAAUAUAGAAAGAAAAAAAAUUAGUAGCUUGAAAGACAACAGAGAGAAUGAUAAAGUGCAAGAAAAGUACAUUUCUGAUUUGAGGAACCACUUUCACAUUUAUUUUAAGAAUUUUUUUUUAUUAAGCAAAGAACAUUUUGAAGAAGGGAAAAAAGAAUUGAGAGAAGAAUAUGAAUUGAAUUAUAAUAAUUAUUUUCUUGAAAUUUGGCAAAAAACAAGAAAUUAUAAUUAUUUUAUCGAAAAGGAUUUUAAAAUAAAUAAAUUUUUAAAAAUAGCAGAAGAAAAUAACGUCCUGUUUGAUAAGGAAAAAAUGGAAGAUUAUAAGUUUGUGGAUGAUUUAUUAAUAAUUGAAAAAAGGGAUCAUGUAGAAAGUGAAAGAAAUAUAGAAAAGAAUUUAAAAGAUGUUUUAUUAAUAUCAUUAAAAGGUUACGUAUAUGAAGGGACUUUUUCAAUUUUAAAAAAUUGCAAAGAAGGGUUGGGGAAAUUUGUGUAUAAUAUGCACAACAUAACGUUUCAAGGGGAGUGGGAAAAUGAUCAGAUAAAUGGAUCAGGGCAUCUGUUAUAUAAUAACAAAUUUAAAUAUUUUGGAAAUUUUAAAAAUAAUUUAUUUAGCGGAAAUGGAUUAUUUGUUGAUAAUUUAUUAAACCAGUAUGAAGGAGAAUUUUUAAAUGGCUCAUUUAAUGGAAAUGGAAAGCUUAUAUUUAAUAAAAAUACAUAUAUAGGUAUUUUUAAAAAUAAUAACUUAAUAGGGAAAGGAAAAAUAUUACAUAAAAAUGGUCUUAUUUAUACAGGAGAAAUUAAAAACUUUUUACCACAUGGAUAUGGUUUCUUAUCUUACAACAAUAAUACUGUAUUUGAGGGAUAUUUUGUUCAAGGGAAAAAAAAUGGAAAUGGAUUUUUAACAAUAAAUCAGAAUUCAAUGUCUAAUGGUGUUUUCUGUAUAGAAGGAAAAUGGAGUAAUGAUCAACCUGUCUUAAGGAAAAAGUUUCAUAUACUUUUUCCAAACAAAGACAAGUAUAUAGGGAAAAUCUAUAUCUUUUCCCAUGCUUGGGAAAAGGUUAACAGCAAAUGUCAAAAUUUGUGGAAUGAUCAAUAUACCAUAUGUGAAAAGAUAAAUCAGCAGCUUUUCGAAAUGAAAAGAUUAAUCGAAACUAAAAUUGGUCUUAUUAAUCACUGUGGGAAGAAACCUCCUCCAGUACCAAUUUUAGAGGACGUAGAAAAGGGAUUUGCAAACAUUAGCAAUGAGAACAACACUGAUCCAACUAUGCAUCAAAGGAAUGUUCUUUUUACUUACUGUGAAAAAAACAAUUCAGAAGGUCAAAAUUUAGACACUCAAAGCGUAGGAAGUGCAAAGUUAAAAUGUAGUGUCAGAAAUACAAUUUCAACUUCAGUAGAAAAUGUAGACAACAAAGUGAAAUAUUUUUCCCAAGAUGAAGAUCCAAACCUUGACUUGACAGAACAUGGGAAAAAAAAAAUGUUAAAUGAAAAGCUGGAAAAUGCUUUAAAAGCAAAAGAAAGAAAAAUAUUACGAACUUAUUUCGAAAUAUUAGACAAGUAUUGGAUAUACAAUAUCGAAAAAAAGUUAGGAAAAAAUAAAGAUGUUGUUGAAUAUUUAAUGGAAAAAAAUAUUCUUCUUAUUCCACAUAGAGAAGGAUUAAGUAUAAUAUGUGACAAGAACAAAACAAAAGAAAAUUAUGAUGGAAAUUUUUGUUUGGGUCUGAAACAUGGAUAUGGUAUAUCUGUUUAUGAUAACAUAAAUAGAUAUGAAGGUUACUGGUAUAGGGGAAUGAAACACGGUCAUGGUAUUUUAUAUGAAGGAGAUAAUAUAUAUUAUGGCCACUUUAAUUAUGAUAAAUUAAUUCAAAAGGAAGAAAUUUUGCCUGAACAAGUAAGUAAAUUUAAGCCCAAAAAGGAAGACACCUCCAAUAUGAAGAAGGGAAGAGGUCAUUUUUUAAUAAAUCAGUCCUUCUUUGAUUAUCGAAGUUUUUUAUCCUCCACCGUGUGUCAUUACCUUUAG